CUAUCUGCAAGACUGCAACUCUACAAAAACCUCCCCUUCAAAAACCUCACCUUCCAUUUCAGUUUUCAAAGUAAAAAAAGAAACAAAAGUUAAAAAGAUGGCAACUUUGUGUACAUCAGCCAUUAAUAUGAAUCCAAAUCUGACAAAUUCUCUCUCCAAUUCCAUAAAUUUAUCAUCAACACUCACUAAUCUAUCUUCACUUCGUUCAACCUUCACAAAUUCUUGUUCUUUAGGACUAAAUGUUGCUGUUAAGAGUGUUCAAAUCAGCAGAAACAAGCCCAAUGUUGUUUGUAUGUCAUGGGAUGGCCCUCUUUCUUCUGUCAAACUCAUCCUUCAAGGCCGAAAUCUUGAGGUAAGUGAUAAUGUUAGAAGCCACGUGGAAGAUAAGGUUGGAAAAUCUGUCGCAAAACAUAGCCAUUUGGUAAGGGAAGUGGAUGUACGUUUGUCUGCUAGAGGGGGAGACCUCAGUAAAGGGCCUAAACUUAGGAGAUGUGAGGUCACCUUAUUUACCAAGAGGCACGGAGUAAUCCGAGCUGAGGAAGAUGCCGAGAGUCUGUACAGCAGUAUUGAUUUGGUAUCCUCAAUUAUACAGAGGAAAUUGAGGAAGAUUAAGGACAAAGUUUCUGACCAUGGUCGGCAUAUGAAAGGUUUCAACCGCUCAAAGGUGAGGGAUCCCGAGCCAGUCAGAAUUACUAGAGAGGAAGUUUUGGAGGAAGUGGAAUCAGCUCCUGCUCCUGUUUCUGUUGAAGAUGAUGACUUUAUUGAAGAGGUGGUCCGAACAAAGUAUUUUGAUAUGCCACCACUUACAAUUACAGAAGCAGUUGAACAGCUUGAAAAUGUUGAUCAUGACUUCUAUGCAUUCCGAAAUGAAGAAACUGGUGACAUUAACAUUUUGUACAAAAGGAAAGAGGGAGGAUAUGGGCUUAUUAUUCCCAAGGAUGGCAAAACAGAGAAGUUGGAAUCUUUGCCAGUGCAAACUGAUAAACAACCCUCCUUUGCAGAAUAGACUGAGGUUUCUCAUGUUGGUUACUGAUUUACCUAAAAGAAUCUCUGUUUGUUGUUAACUGCAAAAACAAUCAAGGCUGGAGAUCAGAAAGCGGAAUCCAUGGAGAAGUUUUUGGAUAUUAGAGAUUCUCUGGUUGGGGUUAUCCUCUUCUUUUUGGAUGAUCUGUUUUUCGCAGUGCUAAGUAUGUAUAGAAGCACUAUACUUGUUAGACAAUCUUGUAAAUUCAUGACUUAACUGACUUACGCUCUACUUCACUAUAUUACGUUACGUUGGCUACAAGUUUCAAUUGCUUUAA